UGAUUAAAAAUAGGUGUCAUUUUUGUUUCUUGUAGAAUGAAGUUUUAACUGUCACUUUUAAAUGUUAAUUAUUUGAAAAAGAGACAUUUUAACGUUUUUUAAAUAUAACUUCUCGUUUACCAUUUUUUAUGUUUUUAAAGUGACCAAUUUUGUGAAAAAGUGAAGUCAACCGCAUUAUUGGUUACAUUUUUUUAUACAAUUUUAGUAGUGUUUUGGGGCCCUUUUUUAAGUAUUAUUUCGUAGAAAUAGUUUUAUGGCUGGGGACAUAAAUGAACUAAUCCGUUUGUUUAAAUCUCAAAUACAAGAAGAUAGUGGAAGAUUGGCUGACUUGACAAACGAAGAAGAAGAAAAAAUCCAUCAGAUCAAAACUUGUGAUAAUGAACACCAACAGAACAAUAAUGUACCAUCACCCGAAAACAAGGAAAACCUGCCAUUGAACCACAACUCAUCACCCGUUAACCAAAACCUGCCGCUAAUCGAACGACUUGAUUUAAGUAGUAAUGAAGGCGCGUUAGAGGAGACUAAGCGAGCUUUUGUCGCUAUCAGCCCGAAUGCCAGCGGCGGCCGCAAAAUGUUGCGGUACGGCGAGUACAGCCCCAACAACCCCCAACUGAGGGUGUCGGCUGCUCCCUAUCUCGGGCUCGGCGAGUAUGAGCAGAGGCGCAACUUGCUCCAGGAAAGACGAAGGGCUGAUUAUCUCGAACAUUUAUCUAAGAGCGAACGUAAUUUUAAAAAUUGUCUUUUGACCGGAAACGUGGUGACGCGAGCCGUGCAAACCGACUUACAGAAUAUUCAUUGCCCUUUAGUACAGUAUGAGACCUACACACCGGAAAAGGAGCUAAAUUCGUACAUUUCGAGCUCUGUUAUGCAAAACAGUCGGAAUCUAUCACCGUACCGCGCCGACCAAAGAUUAACUUCUCAAAAUGCCUUAUUGAAGCCUGAAAUGGACAAGCCGAAGAGCAUUCUGUCGAAUAGGCGGACGGGCAGUCCUAGAGAGCGACUGCUGUCUGAUCUGAAACAUUCGUAUUCGCCCAGUUUUCUCGACGGGUUCAGUUAUCAGGACCGGGCGGAAGAACUGGAGAGGGAAAGGAUUAAACGUGACAAUUAUCAAAGGGAGUUGAGACUGCAGAUCGAGGAGAAAAGACACUUGCAAGCGAUGAGGGAGGAACAGGAAAGGAGGGAGCAAGAGUUGGAGAAUAAGCGGUUGGAGCAACAGCUGUUGCGGAUGCAGGAGGAACAAGCGAUCGAAGAACAACGCAGGUGUCGCCGAGAUGAACAGAUGCGUCGGCACAGCGAGGACCUUUUGAGGAGGAAGCACGAGUUGCAAUCCCGCUUGCGUAAACACACCGAGUCUGAAAGUAGCGUGUCAAGUCUUCGAAACACCAACGUUGCCUCAAAAACUCUAUCGCAUUAUUCUCCACCCGUGUCUCGCCGCAAUCCUUACUCCUUCAACAUACCAUCCACUUCUGUGUUCGCCGAUAUGUCGAGUGGCAGCAGCAGCAGGUAUAAUCCGAACCGAUUCGAUUCGUAUUAUCGCAAAGACGCGUUGAACAGGAUGGACUCGUUAAAUACAUAUGACACUCAUCGUAGAUAUAAUGCUUUCAGUCGUUUUGACUCGUUGAGUAGAAUAGAUUCGUUAAAUCGCCAAGAUACGUUGAAUAGACUAGAGACGUUGAGUAUUCAAGAUAGAUUAAGUAAUGUACAACGUAGGCACAGUGCCACACAGCAGGACCUCAGUUUGAUCCGGCGAAGCCCUAAGCUGCAAAGAAGGAGCAGCUCGAGCAGAUUCGAGGACACUCUUCCCAUACCAGUAUUGAAAGCGCACUCGCCCGUUGCCAAAGAACUAAAGAAUUCGGUACCUUUUAAUUCCAGUAGGUCAGAUGCAGUUAGAAAAUUAGAAGAUAAGUGGCAGAUUCCUGCGGUGCAAAAAAAUAUCGUCAACCAUGGAGAUCCCUUACGGGACGGCCAGGGAAGAAGUAUAUUAACUCAGUUAGGUGCCAUCAGAAUGCAGCUUCAAAAAGAACAAUUACGAAUGGAUGAAACCUUACGUAAACGCGGUAUUACACAAUCCAAGGCUGUUGAUUUUUUUGUAAGAAUGGAUAAUAAAAAGUGGAACACCGUUUUAAUUGAAUGGGUUAACUGUUUGAAACUUUGCAAAAACAUCAACAAACUUGACGAGUUACGCGAUGGCGAAUUUUUCUCAAAUUUACAAAAAGUCAUAUCUAAAUCUCGAGAUGCACAAGUUGCACAAGAUGUUUUAACGUUCAUUUUUGAUCUCUUUGGAAGGCACUAUCCCAACUAUUUAUUCCACAAUAAGACCGAAAUUCAUUUAUUUGAUUUACCCGAAAUCGAUUUGAAAGCGAUCAUUUCGCUCCUCAUGCACUACACAUGCAUUUAUGACCGAAGAGACGUCUUGACGUCCCCCUUGUGUCACUCCCUCUCACAGUCAACACAAUUAAUAAUCCGCAAUUUCCUCCAAAAAACCACAACAAGCGUUAAUAAAGAAAGCAUGAGCGACAUUAUUAAGUCAUGUAUUGAUGACGCUUCCGAUCAUUUAAUAACCAAUCAGUGGUUGUCAGUUGAAACGUCAUGUAGCUCAAACAGCCCCCUUCAGGACAUCCUAAAAACCCCCAUAUCAAAAUUUGGUCGUUUACACGAAAAAGACAAAAUUAUUUCCAAACUAAAAUCAGAAAUUGAAGCAGAACGCUAUGAAAAAGCCGACUUACAAGAAGAACUUAAAUUACAAUUGGAAAAAAGCAAAAAAAUCGAACAACAAUUGCAACAAAAAAACAACGAAAUUUCGAGACUGAGGGCCGAAGUUGGGGCCCUCGAAAAUCGCACUCCGCCCAAUUUCCAGGACAUGGACAGUCGCGAACUGCAACGACGUCUGCGUUCCGAAAUUCAAACCCUCGAGCAAUAUAUUAAACAAAUCGAGGACGAACAGGACGAAAUCAAGAAGGAAAAAGACGCCACGAAGGAGCGUCUCCGGAAAAUUGAGCAACAAGCCAACAUUUGGGAGGAGAAAUUUUUUGAAACAGAGCGCAAUUUCGAAAAUUUGACAGAACAUUCAAAACAGCAGGAGAAGGAGUUGAGGGAGAUGCAGGCUCAUUGUGCCGAACUUACGGCUUUGUUGGAGGAGUAUCGCGAGAAUCCGAAAAACGAUAGUUCAUUGUUUGAGUUUUCAACAGAGAAGCCUUUAAAUGAAACGGAGUUGUGUCCUGAAGAUCUCGCUUGUUCCGUCAUUGAGGUGCAGUUGAGGGAUGCUCAAAAGCAAAUUGAAGAAUUGAAGAAGCAGAUUGGAGAAACGGAGGAGUGUGUGACGCAAUUGAGGAAUGUUUUGCUUGAAACUGAAACAAAGCUGAAACAUUCUGAGGAUCUUAACACUGAGUUUGAGACCAAGGUAAAAUCACUAGAAAACGAUAAAGAAACAGCUCAAACACAAUUAACAUUAACUCAGUCUCUUUUGGAUGAAGCAAAUAAAAAUAGUAAUGUUUUGGAAACGAAAGUUAAGAACGUCGAAACUAAACUGCAAGAAACUGAUGAAGUGUUAGAAACUCUCAGAGGUGAUAAAGAAGAAUUACUCGCAGAAGUUAAUUCUCUGCAACUUCACAUUGCGCAAGUGGAAAAACAGCUAGCAGAAGCUUUGGACGAAUUAGAGGAUAAUAAAAAGCAGUCUCAAUCCCUUGAAAAUCAACUUACAGAAUCUAAAGCUGUAUCUGAGAAACUCCAAUUUGAGCUGGCCGAUGUCCUCUUAGACAACCAAAAAACGCAUACGAUUUUAAACGAAUUGUACAACGAAAAGAACGAAUUGGUUUCGAAAUUGGACGAGGCGGAAAAUACUAAAACAUCACUUGAAAAACACUUGUUCGAGUUUCAAGACUACUCGAAGAAUCUUGCAUCAGAAUGUGAAACUCUUCGUGUGGAAAAUCUUGCCUUUAAACAGGAACUUUCUAAUAAAAAUACACAGUUGUUGAUUGUGAGUCAGGAGAAAUCUGAUUUGACUAUAAAGCUUGAGUACAAAGAUGAGAAAAUUGUUGAUUUGGAAAAAACUAACGAAAAGUUAAAUUCUGAGAUGGAUAUUCUUCAAAAUCAAUUGAAGGAAACAUUGGAUCGUUUAGAUUCGAGUCAGAGCUAUUCGCAAAAGCUUCAAUUUGACUAUAGUGAGCUUGAAAAGAAACUGCAUGACACUAAGACACAUUUGGAGAAUUUAACAGUUGAAGUUAAUAUGGUAUUAGGAGAGAAACAAGCGGUGGAUGAACAGUUGGUCAAACGUGAAGAUUACAUCACGCGAUUAGAAGAAGAAAAGAACAUUUUGUAUGAAAAAACAAACGUAUUGGAGGAUUCAUAUCGGAAGUUAACGCAAAAGAGUGAAGAACUACAAUCGUAUAAUGAAGACGUUUUGAAACAACUUUCGGACGUUUCGCAGACUCUUGAAAUGACUAAACAAGAAAUAGGAAGAUUGCAAGAACUGCAAAAGUCUCUCGAAUUGCAACUUGAAAAAUCUCAAAUUUGUUCAGAAACUUUAAAAGUUGAGCUGGAACAAAUGCAAUCAGUAAAUAACAAAACAAAUUACUUAUUACAAGAAACUGAAGCCGCAUUAGAUCAAUCGAAACAAGAGAAUAAGAUUUUAAAAAUACAGAUUGAAACUCUACAACAAGAACUUGACGAUUCAAAUAAUAAUUUAAUAGUGAGUCAGAAAAAUGUUUCUGAGUUGAAAGAAACUAAAAGUGGACUUGAGGAAGAUUUGAAACAAGUUGUAUUAGAGUCGGAAUACUUAAAAUCCGAAUCGGAAAAGAUUAAGCUUGAAAAGUCUACGAACGAUAAGGAAUUAAAUGAGGUUAAGAAAGCAUUAACCGAAUUAGAGGAGGAGUCAAAGAAGAAGAAACAUCAAUUUGAGAAUGAGAUUGUUGAAGUUCAAAAACAUCUCAAUGACGCUCUUACUAGUUUAGAAACAGUCAGGAAAGAGGAAGAGAAACUUAAAAAUUCAAAGAAUCAUCUUGAAUCGAAAUUAAGAGAAGCACAAACUGUUGAAGAAAAAUUAAAACUAGAAGUGGAAAAGCUAACUAACGAUUUGAGUGAAUCUCGUGAAGAAAGGUCGGAUUUCUUGAAAAAACUUGAGAAUUUAGAAGAAGAAAAUGGAAAAUUGAUCAAAGAAUCUCAAGACCUACAGAAACAUUUAAGUCAGGCUUUAAUUGAUUUGGAGUCAAAAACUGCCGAGUCGAAACAAUUGAAUGACAUUCAAAUCGCGCUUGAAACUCGUUUGGACGAGGCAGAAAAGAUAAGACUUCAGCUAGAAACCAUUCAAUCUCACCUUGAUGAAACACAAAAUAGUUACGAAGAACUGAAGAAAGAGAAGUCCCUUUUGGAAAGUGAAUAUAAAAAUAUGAGACAACUCACGAAUGAGUUUGAAGGAAAACUAAAUGAAGAUCAAGAUUAUAUAAAAGCGUUGGAAAUGAAGAAUGAAGACAUUGAUAAACAGUUGGAAGAUACUAAAAAGGUCGUCAUAAAAUUAGAAGGAGAAAAUGGUGCCUUAAUGGUAAAAAUGCGAAUUCUUGAACAGGAAAAAGAAGAAUUAUGCGAUGAAAAGAAGGGUCUUGAAAGAGAACUGUUUGAUGAGAAGAGCAAUUUCGAAGAAAUGAAAACUGUCACUUUAAAUCUACAAACAAAUUUGGAAGAUUUACAUAUUUUAGUGGAGACAGUUCGGUCGGAGAAAGAAAAACUAAAUGAGGUUUUGAUGAAUGAAAGAAAUGAAAAUGAAGCCUUGGUCACAAAACUAAAUGAAAAAUGUGAACUUCUUGAAGAUAAAUUAACUGAUUAUGUCGACGAUUUAGAAACUAGCAACAAAGAAUUAGAAAGAGUAAAAGAGGAGAAAUCUUUGAUUGAAAUAGCCUUGGAAAAUCUUAGAUGUGAAGUACAGUCUGCUGAAAAAUUUCAGAAGGUGCUAAAAAAUGAAAAAGAGGCACUAGAGACGGCAUUACAACAAGUGGGAGUACAGUUGAACGAAUUAAAGAAUAAAAAUGAAAUCUUACAGAGGGAAAUUUUAGAAAAAACGGAUGCUUUUGAAAUAAAUCAAGAAUCUUUUACGAAAGAAAAAGAGAAACUUGAGUUAGAAGUUGAGAAACUUUCAAAAACUAAUAAAGAUAUUCAAAAUCAAUUAUUUGUCUUGGAAAGGAACUACAAGGAGUCGAGGAAUGACAAAGAAAUUCUUGAUAAACAGUUAAAUGAAAUGGGUGUUUUGUCUGAGACUUUGAAAGCAGAAUCUGAAAACCUCCGAAUUCAGUAUCAAAAGUCGAAAAUAGAAUUGGAAGAAACUGGAGCUAUGUUGAUGAAAGCAACUUCGGAAAAAGAAAACUUAUUUAGGCUUUUGCAGCAUGCCAAAGAACAGAACGGAGAAUUCGAAAGACAAAUUUCUGUAAUGAACAACACUUUGGAAUUGAAAGAAAAUGAAUGCAAUGAACUAAAGGAUGCAAUCAAGAAGUUGGUUAAUGAAAAGGAUGAUCUCUUUUCAGUGAAUGAAUCUUUGCAAAAGCGUAUCACCGAAAUUGAAGACGAAAAUAAGGAAAAAGAGAUUAAAGAAAGGAAAGAAAGCGAACAAUUCCGUGAAGAAUUGAAACGAAUAUCUGAAGAAAAACUUCUUCUAAAAAAUAAACUCGAAGAUGAUGAAGUUAUGUCUUUGGAGAACCAAAAGAAAAUAAAAUCGUUAGAGGAAACUAUUCAAGAUUAUGAAAUUACAAUUUCUGGUUUGAAAAAUGUCGUUGAUACGAAUUUGGAAAGUUUGGAGACUUUGAAAGAGGAACUUGCUGAUGGAAAAAUUAAAGAAUCAGAGAUUAUGACAAAGAUUUAUGAGUUGUUGAAAACUAAUAACCUUAAUGGUGACAAAGCUGUACAAGGUGAUUUUAAAACAUUCAUUUUUGAAAAUUUCAAAAAGUUAUUAUUUGCCAAACAUCAAGAAGAACAGCGACGAAAAGACCUAAAAGUCGAAAUUGAAGAACUGAAAGCUAAAAAUAUGGCAGCGACAAAACUGAAUACGAAUUUCCAAGAGAUGGUGGAAAAAUUGCAAGCUUUAGUAAUGGAACAAAGCGAAGUUGUAACAAUGGAUGCUUUAAAAUUGAGUUUUGAUCAGAUUCACUCCAAAGUUAACAGUGUUUUGAAUGUGAAACAGAAAUUGUCGGAAGAUUUAAAUAAACUCACAAAUGAUAAUUCUGAAUUAAGUCGAAAACUAGACGGCGUGUUGUCAGAAAAGGAAGAAAUUUUCAAAUUAAAAGCUGUGCUAGAAAAGGAGUUACAGGAAGAAAAAGAGAAAGUCGAAAAUUUGCGCAAAGAAUUAGAAAGUAAAUCACAACCGAUUAAAGUCGAAAAGGAAAAUAUCUUAGGAGUGUCGAGGAAAGGAAAUAAGUCAAGGGAAGACGAACUCAAGAAAGAAAACAUGAUGUUGAAACGUAAACUUGUUUUGGCCGAAAAUGCCAAAAAUAACUUGGAAAAAGUUCUAAAGGAGUUACGUGAGGAAAAGAAGAAAGUACGUGAGGUACCAUCUUCACCAACUGGCGAUGCUCUUUACAAGAAGCUUCUUCACGAAUACAUUCAAGUCAAAGAAGAUAAUGAGCGGGUGGUGAAAGAAAAAGACGCGAAAAUUGAAGAACUGAUUCGUAGAAAUGAAGAAUUGAUUAUAAAGGGGGUUCCUAUUAGACAGGAAGGUGACGAAAACAAGAACCAAGAACUUCAACACAUUCGAGAGGCUUACGGUAAUGUGAUGAGUGUUAACUCAAAACUCGAAAUGGAAAUUGUUACUCUAAGAAAAAUAAUCGAAGAACGUAAUAAUGAAUUGGCAAGUUUCAGUCACAUUAAAGAAGCUUAUGAGAAACUGCUUGAGGACAAUAACAAACUUAUGACCGAAAUCGAUACAAUGAAAUACAAGAGAACGAGAGAUAAGGAAGAAUUUGUUCGGUUAAUAAAGAAAGAACGCGACGAAAAUUCGAAUCGCGAAACUAAAAAAAUUCAAGACAUCCGAAACGAAUACGAAGGUAAAUUGGAGAAGAUGAAAGACAAAAUGUUGAAGUUGUACAGAGAGGAAGUAAAUAAGAAAGUUCGCUCGGUUAAAGACGGCCAAGGCGAAACUGCAACUAUGAUGAAAACAAUCGCUAAUUUGAGAUCGGAGCUGUUCGAAGCCGAUCAGAAAAUUCAAUUACUUGAAAUGGAGAAAGAAAUUUGGAAAAUGAACAGAAAAAUCGACAAUGAGGCGAAAACGAAGGAACUGCAGCAAUCCGUUUCAAAUAUUGUCACCACAGUGACUAGAACUAAUGAAAGAGCUUCGACAUUACCACGACCGUCAAUCACUCAAGAAAUCACGAUUUCCAGACGAACAUCUGUUAGUGGAAUCCCGAAUAAUUUACAAAUGGAAGAUGAGGAAGAUUUAUUCAACGAUAAGUAUCUAACCGACUUGAAGGAAGGCAAAUGUGUUUUACCAUCGAGUCGUGAAUCCACUAAUCGCUUCUCUGAACUGGCAUGGAGAAACUCUUUAGUGCCUCCACAUUUGAAGUCGUCGUAUCCGGCCGAAAUGCAGUUUGUCAGUCCGAAUCGAUUCAAAGAUGAUGAUAUCAAGACUGGUAAUAUUGAAUUUGAGGACAGUUUGUGUAAGUUAUUGCCCGGUGAGAAACCCCGUAAGAAGGAUUUUGGGACUACGACGUACAAAAAGCCGGGACCGCCGACUCCUAGUAAGAAUGGGGGUCGGUUGUCUUUGCAAGGGAACGAAGUGCAUCCGUCACGGGAACCUGAUGGGAAGACACCCAAGAGGUCGACGCCUAGCAGGAUUAAAGCGUUGUUUACAGGACGGAAUAAUAGCGCAAGAGACACAGGAGAGAGCCAGAGUGUGACACCUAGUCGAGGCAGACGCCUGAAUAGUAUUUUCCGAAGACCCAAAUAAUUUUUAAAAGUGCCGUAUGUUGUUUUUGUACUAUUACCGUUUUACGAGAGAUGUGAUUUUAUAAAUUCUAUUAUGAAAAUUUGAAUACAAUAUUUUUUUCA